GAUGGGUUUCUGCUUGACGUAGAGGGCCGUCUCGCGCAGAACUCAAUUGCAAAAGAUGCUGCCGCGCCACCAACACACGCCCACGACGUCGUCGGCGGCCUCGAGUGCGAGUGCGACGGACGCUGCCCGCGACGUGCGCGGAAUUCUCCACUACUACCUCGACGAGUGCACGCGCGCGCGGGCGACGGACGAGUGGAAAAAGAUCAAGGAAAAGGGCGCGUUGCAGCUCUUUCAGAAGAAGCGCACCAAGCGACCGCGCGUCGAUGGCACCGAGAGCGACUCAUCGAUGGUCUCGGCGACGUCCAACUGCUCGUCCCUCGGAUCUUCCUCGUCGACAUUGGCACUCGCGCCACCCGUGUUUACGUACCACGGCGUCCAGACCCUCGAAGGCUGCUCGCUCCACGACAUUCAGAAUCUGCUCUGCGUGCGCCAGACAUCGGAGUUUCGAGCGACCAUGAAGCUCUUGCACGGCAACGACUUUGUCGACGGCGCGAUCCUCUCGUCGUCCACGAUCGAUGCUUCCGUGUUUUCGACCACGAAUUGGUUUGCACUCAAGUCAUCGACCGUGCUCGCAAAGGACAAGGGCUUUUGCAUGCGGUCGUACGCGCACAUUGUGGGGCCGCCGAAUGCGGCAGCCCGAACGCUGGUCUGGACGCUGCAGCCCAUGCACCACCCGACGCCGAAUCUACUCUACCACGUCAACAAAUACAAGCGCAUGCAGUGGGAGCUCGGUCUUGUCGUCGAAGAGGUCUCGCCCACGUCACUCCGCGUCUCGUGCCGGUGCCAGUCGAGCGACAAGCGCCUCAUGCCCGCGGGCGCCCGCGUCGUCUGGAACAUGCUCUCGCAGCUGCAGCCAGCGAUUCGGACGCUGCAAGCGUCCCACGUCAAGUCGCUCGUUGCCGAGUCGCAAUGGGUCAAGGACGACGACCGUCCGAGCUGUUUGCAGUGCGAUGCCGAGUUUACCACGUUUCGCCGCCGACACCACUGCCGGACGUGCGGCGAAGUCGUGUGCGCCAGCUGCUCGUCCAUUCACAUUGUUGCUCUCGCGCGCGGGCCCAUGAAGAUCCGGAUGUGCGCCAAGUGCCUUGAGCGCGAUGCGGAGACGCCGCUCGACGACGCGCGCCUCGCUGCACUCGCUGGUCGGUCGAGCCACAGCUUUCAGUCGACCGCCCGCAGCUCGUCCAUGGACGGCCUCGAGAGCGCCGAGACGUUUAGCCUCCUCCGGAUCGCCGACGCGCUCGGCCAAAUCGACCCCGAUGCGUAGGCAGCGGCGUCUUCCUCGAUCCUACGAGCUUCAAUCAUUCGACCACUGUACCAUACGUAGUUUCGGCGUGGGAGGGCUAACCUUUCCGCGCCGGUUGUUAAAUCCCAAGUAACAUAGCUGUGCUUUUAGUAGGC